AUGAGUGCAAACUCGACCAAGACGGUCCUCGUCGCCGGUGGGGCUGGAUAUAUCGGUAGCCACACGGUGGUUCUCCUGCUUGAGGCUGGCUACAACGUCGUCGUCGCUGAUAACCUCUGCAACUCCAGCGAGGAGAGCCUGAGGCGCGUGCGCGUGCUGACCGGCUGCGCGCCGGAGAGGCUGGUGUUCCACAACGUUGACCUCUGCGACGCGGCCGCCCUGGGCAAGGUGCUCGAGGCCUGCCCGCAAUUCCACUCGUGCAUCCACUUCGCCGGCCUCAAGUUCAUGAUCGAAGAAAUCCUCAAGGAUUUCGUCAAGAGCGACAAGGGCAAGGACUGGGCCAUCGACUGCCUCCGGUACUUCAACCCCACUGGUGCCCACAGCAGCGGCGACAUCGGAGAGGACCCCAACGGCAUCCCGAACAACCUCAUGCCCUACGUGGCACAGGUGGCGGUGGGCAAGCGUGAGUGCCUGACCGUCUUCGGCGACAAGUACGACACCAAGGACGGGACCGGUGUCCGCGACUACAUCCACGUCGUCGACCUCGCCUCCGGACACCUCAAGGCGCUGGACUUCCUAGAGAAGAAGGGCUGCGGCUGGUACACGCACAACCUCGGUACCGGUACCGGCUACUCGGUGCUGGAGAUGGUGGAGGCCAUGAAGAAGGCGUCGGGGAAGGACAUCCCGUACAAGGUCGGCCCCCCCAGGGUGGGAGACCUGGCGUGCGUGUACGCGGACCCGGCGAAGGCGGCGGAGGACCUCGGGUGGAAGGCCCAGUUCGGCCUCGACGAGAUGAUGCGGGACAUGUGGGCCUGGCAAAGCAAGAACCCCAACGGAUUCUCGGCGUAA